CCCAUAUGUGUGACCUCAAGCACCCGUUUUGUUUGAUUGUGUUCAACUUUUGAGGUGGCAAACAUUGUUCAGAAACAUCUGAGCCAGUAAAAUAAGAACGUUCAUUUGCAAACAGUAAAGGAUUGUACGGGGGAGUGACGGUAUGUCGGAGUUCAGUGACGAAGCCAGUGAGUCGGAGCAACUGGGAGCCAGUUUGUCUUUGUGGUUGGGGGGCACUGCAGGACAGUUGGUGCGCCCAGAAGAGCUGGAUGUACCCCUCGAUCUCCACACGGCGUGUUCUAUCGGGCAAUAUGACGUGGUGGCCGAGUGCAUUCGCAGAAGGGAAGUCGACCUGGAUUGUAAGAAUGUUGGUGGCUGGACGCCCCUGAUGUAUGCUGCCUACAUCGGCCAUGACAACAUCGCAAAUCUACUUCUGGAAGCUGGUGUAGGUGUCAAUGCCACCACCCCUAAAGGCCACACUCCUCUAAUGCUGGCAGCCAGCUGUGGGAAUGAGAGCAUUGCUUACUUCCUGCUGCAGCAAGGUGCAGAGCUGGAAUUGGAGGACACCAGAGGCUGGACAGCCCUGUUCCAUUGCACCAGCGCUGGACACCAGCAGAUGGUGAAGUUCCUACUGGACAACAACGCUAAUGCCAACAUAAAAGAACCCAUUUCUGGCUUUUCUCCCUUAAUGGAGGCUGCUGCUUCAGGACAUGAAAUCAUUGUUCAGUACCUCCUGGAGCAUGGGGUGAAGGUGGAUGAGAGAAAUGCUAAAGGAGAGACCGCGCGCACCUUGGCUAUGCUGUACGGCCACACUAAGAUUGCCAGCCUCAUCGACAUGCGCUCCAUGAGGCCCAAGCAAGACCUCAGCUCAUCUGAGGACUCUGACAGUGCCCCCCCAAGAUCCCGGCUCAGCCGCAGUAAAGUGAAAGGGCCCAGUAUCCACGACGGGCCGCAAGCCAUCGCCAAGUUCAGAGUUGGAGGCACCAGCCGACACUGCGAGCCCACAGUGGCACCACCAGGCUACGUGACCUUUCGAGACGAGGGGGAGCAGAGCGAGGGGAUUUGUAACCGUGACGUCACCUCGCCCAUCAAUGAGCUGGACGGACAGAGCAACAGCAGCAGAGAUGAGAGUCCCUUCUUUGACAAUGACAUGCCCACCAUGAGGAGCAGCAGCAGCAGCAGUGAGGGGCUUCCGCACAUGAUCGGCCUCAGCCGCGAAGCCUCACUGGAGAGCAAUGAGGAUUCUGACCAGGCCAAGCGGACCUCUGCUCGCAGGGCCGGCAAGGGCCACCACCACAAGGGCAAGAGUCGCCAUGGGAGCAGUGAGACCGCCCAGCCCGGUAGCACUGGGAACUGUGGAGUGCGCCCACCAUCCAGCCAGGCCCCCUCCUACACAGGUCCCAAGGACCUGGCUGAGUUCCUGGAGCAGAUUGGCUUUUCCAAAUACUUUUCCGUACUGGAGGAGCAGGACAUUGACCUGCGCAUCUUCCUCACCCUCACUGAGAACGACCUGAAGGAAGUGGGCAUAACGCUGUUCGGGCCCAAGCGGAAGAUGACCAGCGCCAUCGCCAGGUGGCACAGCAGUGCCCGGCCUCCCAGCGACGCUCUGGAGCAAGCCUACGCUGACCAGCUGGAGGCAGAGAUGCAGGAGAUGGCCAUCCAGCUGCACAAGCGGUGUGAGGAAGUGGAGAGUCUGCAGGGUCAGGUGUCCCAGGAGAGGGAGCUGCGCACUGUGAUGGAGGGAUGUCUGAUGGAGGAUAAGAUGGCGUGGAGAAGAGUGCACAGUGAGCUGCUGGAGACGCACAGGCUGGCCCAGGAUAUGUGCACAACCCUGGAGAAAGUGCGGGCCUGUCAGAUGGAGCUUUUCUCACGUCUGCGGAGCGACGGGAUGAUUAUGCGCCAGGGUGACACCAGGGUCAAGCUGAAGAAUGAGACGGGGGGAAAAGGAAGUGAAGCCAUACAAGAAAGCUUGAUGUCCCUCAGUCUUACAGAGCUCAUGUCUAAACUGGAAGUCUUUGAGAAUGAGAUGGGAAAGAACCUCCAGAUAGUAACACACAGCCUGAAGAGCCUAAGUGCUACGGAGAAGGGCACAGAGCACUGGGAAGAGUCCUAGCUGGAAAUGGUCUUGUGACGGUGCUUUUGCUGACGGAGGGUGACAUUGCCACCCUGGACAAGCUUGCCAGGAAGACAAAGGUUGUAAGCCUUGGAGCACGGGCUGGCCGGUCGUAGGACAAGCGGGCAGGCGGGCGAACGCCCCCCACAUGCCUGUGCUGGAGAUACAAGGGACUGGAGGAUGCCAUGUCAAAAGAUGAGGGGAUAGCCAGUGAUCUGUCAACAUGCUUCAGAUGAGCGCUAGCCCAGGCGUUUCCUCACUCACUGUGAAAUUUUGGUUUUCACUUCUUAAGCACAUUCCUUGUGCACAGAAAUUUCAUUCUGUAUUUAGCAAUCUUAUGCAGGAAUAAUUUACAUUGCCCUUGACCUUAAAAAAUUCAAAGGUAUUUUCUAUACAGAGAAUACUGCAUAAAUUAGGAUUGAUUAAAAAAUGUGCUCAGAUACUAGUUUGAAAUGGAGGCUUCAUUGUGUCAGUCUACUUCCUGAUAUGACAGCGUCUGUUUAAAUCCAUUGACUGUGUCUACGGUUAAAUGUAUUGUAGUACACAGCCUCUGAGCUACUGAGACCAUCCUGCAAAUUUGGGCAAGAAGAAGAAACUACAAAGAAGUCGGUGGUUGCGGAGUAUCACCCUCUUAGACAGUCGCCAAUUCUGGGAUCUAUGAAUCCCGCACCUUGAUGUAUAAACCUAUAUCUAUGUACAUUAUAAGGAAGUUUUCAAUUAACUGCAUUUCUUUUUUCACCCUCUCUUUAUUCCUUCAGUGUGUGAGGGCUGAUAUUUGAUGUCAAUAUUUACUUGAAUAAAAUUACUGGUGACACA